ACUCCUCCUGUCUCUAACUACUUGGGAACGAGGUGCAUCUCCAGCCCCAAGCCAUGUCCUGCUACAACACCUGCCUGCCCUGCCAGCCCUGCGGCCCGACCCCACUGGCCAACAGCUGCAAUGAGCCCUGUACCCUGCAGUGCCAGGACUCCAGGGUUGUCAUCCAGCCCUCCCCGGUGGUGGUGACCCUGCCCGGACCCAUCCUCAGCUCCUUCCCACAGAACACGGCCGUCGGAUCCUCCACCGGCGCUGCUGUUGGCAGCAUCCUCAGUGAUGCGGGAGUGCCCAUCAACUCUGGGGGCUUUGGACUCUCCGGCUUGUCCGGAUUCGGUGGCCGCUACCGUGGCACCAGGUGCCUCCCCUGCUAAAGGUGCUGCCUGCACUGAGGUCUCCACUCGCAUCGGCCUCCUUUCCCUCCUUCGACUCAUUAAAGUAUUUAUGCAUCCCAGCCUGCGCUGCUGUCUCAUUCUUUCCC